CGGGGUGCGAGAGGGAGCAGGAUUUUCAAACAAGGAAACAGAUUCCCGGCUUGCAACGAACCAAGCGAUUCCUUCUUUUCAAAGUUCGCUGCAUUCUGGCCAUCACAGCCGUCACCGGCAAACGAUAUAACAGCAAAUCGCUGGCCCUUGCACGCGUCUCGCCGCGUAAAUAAUUUUAAAGGCAGUGCAGAGACAACCCAACCAGCUCUUUUGAUUCUCGACUUCAACGCCAAAAUCGCACUCAACAUGAAGCAUCUGUCUCAGGACCAAGACAAGAACUCCACAGCGGCCGGCAAUCCGGGUACCGGCCAGGCCGAAGGUUCAAAUCCGGCAUCCCUGAUUAGGGACCUCAAUAUAAUAGGCUCAAUCAAGGAAUCGGCCGACUACCCGACCGAUAACCCGACGGCCACUGCGGAACCCGCCCCGGCCGAGAAUCAAACUCCGACUCGGGUUGGUUCCGCGGACAGGCCUCGGACUCCUUCUCCGAACCCGGCUCCGAGCUUGGAUACGGUGACGCAACCGGACAGGACCAGCACUGAGCUCCCUGCGAACCUCAAGGAGUGCAUCAAGGAGUCAUACGACGCCAUCGCGCCGGUUUACAACCAGUGGACGUUGCUACACCAGGCGCGCCGCAUGCACUACACGACCCGGCUGCUCGACUUUCUCCGAGCCGACCGCAGACACAAAGAUGGGGUUGACUACAGGCGCGGGGAGGAGAAGGAGGAGAACAAGGAGGAGGAAGCGAUGAAGAGGCUGCCAGACUCGGCGGGAGAGGGCCUGGACCUCAUCAACCUGAACCUGAACGGGAUGCGCGCGCUCGAGGUGGGCUGCGGGACCGGGGUGCCGGUCCUCGAGAUCCUCCUUGCUAAGGAAAUGGACACGAUCGGUGUGGACAUAUCGGCAACCCAGAUCGCGCUUGCGCAGGCGCACUUCCCCACCCAGACGGCCACGGGCCAGGCGGUGUGGGAGCAGAAGGACAUGAUGGAUCUCGGCUACCCGCCGGGCGAGUUUGACGUCAUCAUCGGGCUGUACAGCCUGAUCCACCUGCCGCGCGAGGAGCAGACGAUCUUCCUGAACCGCGCGCACCGGUGGCUCAAGGCCGGCGGCAUGCUCAUGAUCAACUUUCCGAGGGAGGAGCUGCAGGGAGACGUGAUGGAGCACUGGCUGGGUCAGGACAAGGGCUGGAUGUUCUGGAGCAGCUGGGGGGAGGAGAAGAUGAUGCAGAUCAUCGAGGACCUGGAAGGGAUGGAGGUACUGCUGAGGGAGGUGACCGAGACCGAUGCCGCAGAUCCGGCCUUUGUGUGGGUGGUUGCGAGAAAGAAUCGGGUGGAGGGCGCAGAGGGGCCGGCGGACGGAACGGCCAGGAGGGAGGGCGCCGCGGAAAGUCCAGGGAGCAAAAUUGAGUAGAGAGCUAGAGAGUGCUAGGGAGUGCUAGGAAGCUAGGCUCAGGACACCAAGGUCUGGAGAGGGCCAGCGGACCGGAACCGGGUAGAGAUCUAGCCGAAUCACAAUGGGAAGAGUCAAUGAGGUCACUUGAGGAGAGGACCGAGGAAAGUACGAGAAAACAAACUGAAAGAAGGAUGCCCCUCGCCCUUCAUUGUCCUAGGCGAGCUGGCAUCUUACGCAAUAAUCGGGCCGCAGCAUGUGCAUGUAUUAUUGUUCCGUUCGUACUUGCCGGCCAUUGGUAGACCGGAAUUCGCACAUUACAUAAACACCCAAUUCCCAAUUCCACUCGUA